AUGACCAAGUCUUUUUCUAUAAUUGCGCACAGAAAAUGCGCAGAAUACGGGUCCUGGUGGAGUCCUACAUCUUACUACUGCUGUCCCGAACCGGGAAAUAAGCUACCAAAUAAAGGGACAUGUGGUCACAGCCCAGCCGUUUACCGAAUUUCGGGUGGUAAACACGUGGGGCUUAAUCAGCUGCCCUGGAUGGCCUUGCUUUUAUAUCGGGACAUCAAAAAUUGGACAGCACCACUUGUAGCCGCUUGCGGGGGUUCCCUGAUCAACAACCGAUACGUCCUGACCGCAGCCCACUGUGUGUCUAAAGGACCUCAACUGCCGCAGGACUUAGUGAUCCAAAGAGUGCGCUUGGGCGAGCAUGACACCUCCGUCGAUCCCGACUGCCAAUACGGGUACUCUUGGAGUUCAGGAAAGCGCUGCGCUCCCCCUCCUCUUGAAAUCGACGUUGAGAAGGUCAUUAUUCAUCCGGGAUACUCCACAAGCUAUGUAUUCCAUUACGAUAUCGCCCUGCUGCGACUCGAAAUACCAGUACGAUAUACGCGCGCAAUCAAAGCAAUUUGUGUUCUGGAUGCUCAUCGCUCCUUGAAGAACUUAAGAUUGGAAGUAGCCGGAUGGGGCCAAAUUGAAGGCGGAAUUACCAGUCCAGUAUUGCUUCAAUCAACCCUGAGGAAAAUGAAUUCAAACUUCUGUACAAGAGCAUAUCCCCACUUAGAAUUUAAUUCUUCGAUACAAAUAUGUGCUGGUGUUGAGGAUAUGAAUGAUAACUGCCCAGGGGGUCCCGGGGGACUACUGAUGGGCACCAUGGGACGGGGCUACGAAGAAUUCAAAUUUUUGGCUGGAGUCACCUCCUAUGGACUUCAAAUAUGCGGACGAAUGGGAUAUCCUGUUGUUUACACAAGAGCUGGUUUUUUUUAUAAAUGGAUACUGGAGAAUUUGAAGGCUUAA